AUGUCUCACGAGUCAAUCUGGGCCAGCCGCCCGCGCACCUAUGGCAAGGGCUCUCGUCAGUGCCGAGUUUGCACUCAUAAAGCCGGUUUGAUCCGCCGUUAUGGACUCAACAUCUGCCGUCAAUGUUUCCGCGAAAAGUCGGCCGACAUCGGUUUCGUCAAGCACCGUUGA